UCAAGGUUGAUGAGGUGUUCCAAGGAUUACAUGGAGAAGGAUGAUAGAAUACAACACCAGACAUUCAGUGGUGUUGCUUUCUGAGUUCUCUACCUUAGGAAUGGUUUCAUAUGAUGAGUACAAAAAUAUUUCCCAAGAUUCGGCGUGCCUUGUUUACGGGGUCCAGAGGCAGACCAAGCCCUCGACUGGAUACCACCUACCAGAGUGGAUCUGAUGUCACUGAGGGUAUCCAAUUUGCCUAUCACCAAAGCAUUCCCCCAGUAGUAGAUGAAUCCAGACAUGUUACCCUAAAUGAUGAGGAUAAUGUGUAUGAAAGAGUUACACGUGUUCCUACACCACGGAAGUCACUUAUAAGGAAAAGUCUGAAUCAGUCUGUGAGCCUUGAUGUUCCAAGAAAUCCCAAUGAGAGAGGUGCCAGUCUACAGCCUUCACCUUCACAUUCCCUCUCACACCUUCCAUUGCCACUUGUUACAUCAACCCCAGCAAAAGAGUCACUAUAUGACACUCCUCCUGUUCCUCGUCUUGUUGUUGAAGACUCAGAGAAUUCCUACAUAAAUGGAAGGACUAUCAGUGGAUCCCCUCCUUUCUCUUCAUUGGAGAAGACUAUAGAACAGCUUGAGGAAAAGCUGAAAGCACUGGAGUUUGAUAAUAGCACCCUAAAGUCCCAGCUGCAUCAAGUAAACCUGGAGAGUUCUCAAAAAUUGAGCUCAUUAGAAUCUUCAAACAAAACAUUGAUAGAGAAAGUAAAGAUGCUCCAAGGACUUGUCUUCCGACUUAAUUUGGAAUUAGGCUCAACAGCUUCAUCCCUCCAAGUGAAUAACAUUAAUUUUUCUGAAAUGCCUGAAUGGCUCACUUCCAACCUGGCAAGUACCAUGGCAUUGGUGAACAAAUAUGAUGAUGACCUCAAACAGAAGGAAAAAGAAAUUCAUGGCCUUCAAGAAGAGCUUCAGAGGAUUUUAGAAGAGAAGGCAUUGAUAGAGACCAAAUUUGAAGCUGUUGAGUGUGAAGCAGAGAAAUUGAGAAAUGCCGAGUCAGCAUCAGCAGAAUAUCAUGAGAAAAUUCAGCAGGAGGCCAGCAAUGUCUUGAAGGAGAAUGAACAUUUGAAUGUUAAAGUUACUGAGCUGGAAAAGAGAAUCACUGAAGCUCAUGCAGUUCAUCUUACACAAGUGUCAGAACUAAGUGAGGUGGCAGAGAGGGCUGCUGGGAGAGUACAAGAAAUGGAAAGGGAAGCAGUAGCUAUUCAGAGUCAGCACAAAGUAAUUCAGGAACAAUAUUUCAGUAUUCGUGAUGAAUUGGACAAAAGCAUACCACUGGAGGAACAUGAGAAAGCUGUUGAGCAGUGUAAUGCGUUAUUUGAUGACCUGAAGCGGAAAUAUGGGCAUGAUAGCAAACGUCUAAAAGGAAGAGUGGAGAAGUUGGAAAGAGAAGCAUAUUGGCUGAAAGCACAACAAUCAGAUGAGAAGAGAGAGCUCAAAUUGCUCCAAGAUGAAAACAGCAACCUCAAAAAGUUGUACAGCAAAUGCCAGUACAGAUUGAAGCAGUUCGAGACUGAAAGCAUUGAACAGAAAGCAUCACAAAAGGCUCUUGCAGAAUACCUGGGUCAAGUAUUAGAUUUUGCUGAAGUUAUCCUUCAAGAACGGAAUCAUAUGGCAGCCAUUCUUGAGGAGAGACAGUCUGAAAAUCAACAUCUGCAGAAGAUUGCACAGGGAGAGAGCUUUGCAUCUGGAAAAUUGAAGGAAAAGCUGAAGGCAAGUUCCCCUUCUAUAACACUGUAUUCAUUGAGGAUAUUUUAUGUGGAAAUUCAAGAAGAACUUUUAAAGGACCUGUCUGCGAAGCACAUUUCAGAGAAGUCCGAGCUGGAGGCAGAACUCAGUCAUAUGAGAAGGCUGAUGCAGGAAAAACAGUCUACCAUUGAUGCGCUUACUGAAGAAAAGCAGCAUUUGAUGGAGAGAUUGGACAACAUGUGGGGGAGUGUGACUCAUGAUGCAGGAAAUGUCCUUAGGAUCUUUGAGAAAGGCGAUUCAUCUGCCAUAUCCCCCCUCAAUGACUAAACAGGAUCCAUCCACUCAGGAUGUCUCUCUCAGGACCAAUGUAAUAAUGACAUUACUCUCAGGAUGCAUCUAGUCCCUGCUUGAGAUCAUUCUAGUCCCCAAAGUAUGCACUCAGUUUCUUGUUUCAUUUUUCAGAUUUUCACUUUUUUAUUUAUUUAUUCAUGUUUUUUUAUUUAUUCAUUCAUGUUUCCCUAAUGCCAUUAAUUCAAUGUUAGUUCUUACACAAGUCAAGGCUGUUUUGCGCAAUCUCCUUGUCAAAUCAUGUACCUUCAUGUUGACUGUGAGAUACAUGAUUUCAUAUCUUGACAUUGCAAGUCAGAAUCACUCUUCAUUGGAAUACCAAGUAGCAGGUGCAGAUUUAAUUCUCAAGAAGGAACCCAGAACCAAAAAUCAGCCCUGGAAUGUGUACUUAACCCAUUGAGGAAUGGGUUUUUUUAACACCUAGAUCACCCGUAGUGAAUACAUGAAGGGCAGGAGGAUCCGAUGAUGUCAGCCUGUAUAUAUACGGGCAUACUCGUCAAAGGGUUAAUAAGAGCAUUUUCAUUAAUGUCAUGCAAAGGAGGGCGAAUUCUCAUUCUUUCAUCAGUCAUCAUCGAUAGCCAAUACGAUGUAAAAGACAGUGCUUGGGUUUCAUUGGUUCUAGCGCCAUGGUAUGCAGU